GGAAGCAUGUUAUAAUAUUCUCAUGUCUAGUUUAAACUGAAAGCUUCGAACCGAAGUAACGCAAAACUAAGCAAAAACCCAAGAAAUAAAAACGUAGUUCUCGCAGAAAAUACUGGAAAGAAGAUCUUAAAAGAGAAUAGCGAACCAUUGAUAUUGACACUCGCGACAUGUCUGCUAUAAGUUCCAUGAAAAAAAACCGUUACGUUGAUAAAAUCGAGGCAAUGCUGACGUUACAAAAACCUAAGAUUGCCAUUGAUCACCGAGAACACGUUGUCACUAAAAAAGAAAAACUUGUGCGAAAGAAAAUCCAUUUAAAAGAUAACACUUAUAAAGAUUUUUUCCCGUAUGCUGCUGACGAAAAAAUAACAGAAGAGGUUAUUGUAAGAGUGGUGUCAAAGCUGUGUGAUUUUAUUAAAUCCUCUAAUGAUAGAACCAGCAAAGUUAUACACUAUAUUGAUCCAUCCCAAUUGCAGAAAGAAAUUGACUUUAAUUUUAAAAACGAGGGGGAAAAUCUUCAAGAGAUCCUGUGUAUAACAGAUAAAGUGCUAAAAUAUGCUGUAAAAACAGGUCAUCCUCGGUUUUUCAACCAACUGUUCUCCGGUUUGGACAUCACAUGUUUGAUGGGACAAUGGAUCAGUACAACAACCAAUACAUUAAUGUUUACUUACGAAGUAGGACCUGUUUAUAUAAUGAUGGAAAAAUAUCUUCUCGACAAAAUGAAGUCAAUAAUAGGUUAUUCUAAUGGCGAUGCACAGAUGUUUCCUGGAGGUUCAAUAUCAAACAUGGAGGCUAUGAGCAUUGCCAAGUAUCAUUUUCAUCCAAAUCUUAAAGAAGAAGGUCUUUAUGGAGGAAAACAAUUAGUUGCUUUUGUCUCUGAGGAGGCGCAUUACUCAUCUGAUAAAGCAGCUGCAACAUUAGGCAUUGGCACCAACAACCUUAAAAAGAUAAAAUCUGACGAAAAAGGAAAAAUGAUUGUAAAAGACUUAGUUGAACAAAUUGAGGCAAGUUUGUCGCGUGGAGAAGAACCGUUUUUCGUGUGCGCAACUGCAGGAACAACAGUUUUAGGUGCUUUUGACCCAAUUAAUGAUAUUGCAGACAUAUGCAAAAAGUAUGGAUUGUGGCUUCAUGUUGAUGGUGCUUGGGGAGGCGGAUCUUUGUUAUCACGUAAAUAUAAGCAUUUAAUGGCAGGUGUAGAACGAGCGGACUCUGUGACAUGGAACCCUCACAAGCUAAUGGGAUGUUUGUUUCAAUGCUCAAUUCUUUUUACAAAAAAAAAAGACAUACUUGCAUCUUGCAAUAGAGAAAGUGUUGACGGUGCAUCUUAUUUAUUCCAAAAAGAUAAACGGCUAUACAACGCUAAAGAGUGGGAUCAAGGUGAUAAAACAAUACAAUGCGGACGAAACGUUGACGUACUUAAAUUAUGGCUAAUGUGGAAAGCGAAAGGUGACAAAGGGAUGGAAGAGCAGAUUGACCGAGUUUUCAAUCUUUCGCGAUAUCUUGCAGAUGUUAUUAAAAAACGAGAAAAUUUUAAACUUAUCAUAGAGCCUCAGUGCACAAACGUUUGUUUUUACUACUACCCUCCUAGCAUUAAAAAAAUGAAUGAUGGUCCAGAAAAAAAUGCUAAACUACAUUCAAUUGCUCCAAUUAUAAAAUCAAGAAUGACACUAGAAGGAACAAUGCUUUGUGGUUAUCAACCAUUAAAAGAACAUGUAAAUUUUUGGAGAAUGACCGUUAUCAACCCAGCCGUGACGUAUGAUGACAUGGACUUUGUUGUAAACGAAAUAGAACGUUUAGGGAGAGAUUUGUGAUAAAAAUUUAUUAUUUUUUGUAAAUAGUUUUUGUACAUUUUUUUUCAAAAUAUAACAGUCUUUAUUA